AGAGAAUUUUGGAUAGCUAUCUAACUAAAUUGUCGUCAUGAGCAGAAGCAGCGUGACAGCAAUUUCUACAGUGUGAGAUUGGAGAUUCUACUUUCGUGUACUUACGCAGAUAACCAGAAUUUAAAAACCUAUAGAUCAGGGCACAAAGGAAUGAUGCGCAGCCUAUGAUGCCAUCCUGGAACGAAAUGUUGCAAUCAAGAAGCUAAGCCGGCCAUUUCAGAAUCAAACCCAUGCUAAACGAGCCUACAGAGAGCUUGUUCUCAUGAAGUGUGUAAAUCACAAAAAUAUAAUUGGCCUACUGAAUGUGUUCACACCACAGAAAUCCCUGGAAGAAUUUCAAGAUGUUUACAUAGUGAUGGAGCUCAUGGAUGCAAAUCUCUGCCAAGUGAUUCAGAUGGAGCUAGACCAUGAACGAAUGUCGUACCUUCUUUAUCAGAUGCUGUGUGGUAUCAAGCAUCUUCACUCUGCUGGAAUUAUACAUAGGGAUUUAAAGCCCAGUAAUAUAGUAGUAAAAUCAGACUGCACUUUGAAGAUUCUUGACUUUGGACUGGCCAGAACUGCAGGAACUAGUUUUAUGAUGACGCCUUAUGUAGUGACUCGUUACUACAGAGCACCAGAGGUCAUCCUAGGGAUGGGAUACAAAGAAAACGUGGAUUUAUGGUCUGUGGGGUGCAUUAUGGGCGAAAUGGUUUGCCACAAAAUCCUCUUUCCAGGAAGGGACUAUAUUGAUCAAUGGAAUAAAGUUAUUGAGCAGCUAGGAACACCAUGCCCUGAAUUCAUGAAGAAAUUGCAGCCAACAGUGCGGACUUAUGUGGAGAACAGACCUAAAUAUGCUGGAUAUAGUUUUGAGAAACUCUUCCCAGAUGUACUUUUCCCAGCUGAUUCUGAGCACAACAAACUUAAAGCUAGUCAAGCAAGGGACUUGUUAUCAAAAACGCUGGUUAUAGAUGCUUCCAAAAGAAUCUCUGUGGAUGAGGCUCUGCAGCACCCAUACAUCAAUGUCUGGUAUGAUCCAUCUGAAGCAGAAGCACCUCCACCAAAGAUACCAGACAAGCAGUUAGAUGAAAGAGAGCACACAAUUGAAGAAUGGAAAGAGUUGAUAUACAAGGAGGUCAUGGACCUGGAGGAAAGGACCAAGAACGGGGUUAUACGUGGACAGCCAGCCCCUUUAGGUGCAGCAAUGAUCAAUGGUUCUCAACAUCCAUCUUCAUCAUCAUCUGUCAAUGAUGUAUCUUCAAUGUCAACGGAUCCAACAUUGGCCUCUGAUACUGACAGCAGUCUGGAAACAUCCGCUGGACCUCUGGGUUGCUGUAGAUGACUACUUGGUCUUUUAGGGGGGAGGGAAGGGGAGUCCUUUAGUCAUUGAUAGGGCACCUUUAAGGAAAUCAGUGGUAUUAUUUUUGAGUGUUUUUUCAAAAAUAAUUGUAGGAUUCAUUUUAAAGUGCUGUAAUUUUAAACUGUAAGUUGUGUUAAAAGCAGCCACAAAAAUGCAUUUUUUUUGCUGUAAUUAACUCUGUAAAAUAUUAAACCUGAUAAUUGUAUCAUGGUUUUAAAAAAUCUGCAUAUUUGCUUUACUAUUAUGCUGCUGAUCUUUUUUUACUGAAUUUGUAAGAUUUGUUUGAUCAAAGCACAUAUUAAUGUUGUCUCUACCGUCUCAUGUAUUAUUUAAGAUUUUAUAGGUUUUUCAAUUUUUUUUAUUAGAAUUUUUUCCAAAUGUUUUGUUCAUAAUUAUCCUUCAAAGUUAUAUGCUUGGUCACUUGUCUUACUCAUGUGCAAGAAAAAAUCAUACAUUGUAGCCUGUUAUAGCUUUGAGUGUAGCUACUGUAGUGGUAGCAUUGAACACAGAAUCCUUUAAUUCUGUCUUCUUCCCUAUAACAAUUGAAUAAAAGCAGCAGUUAGUGAGUUUCAUUAGGAAAACUGUUUAUGACCCUUGGCAAAAUCACCUCAUCUGAGAGGCAAUAUAAAUAUAAAGCAAAGCGUAUCUUUAUAGCUGCAGAAGUAUCCAGCCUGCCAAAAGGAGAUGGUGGCAGAACUGUGGCAUGCUGAAGCUUAUGAUCUCAAGGAGGAUACUUCAUGAAUAAUAUCUUGCAAUGCAAAUAAACUGUUUAUUUCUACUA